AUGGGCAAGGUUAUUUUCACUACGCGCAAAGGCGCACCUGACUUCAAUCUGCAACGGAAGUUCAAUCGCCGGUGCCAAACACUCUUCACCAAGGCAAGCGAGCUGGUCUAUCUCAGCCAGGCCGACGUUUAUGUGGUAGUCCAGUUUCCUGGGGCUAGAACUAGGGCGAGAGUCUUUUUGUCCUCCGAAGGGUUUACACCACUGCCGCUUCCAGAGCUUAAGAAGAAAAACCCACCCCCCGAGGUAUAUACCGCUGCUGGUAAAGAUGGGUUGGCGCCGUCUGGGCAAGCCGAAAGUCGCGGUGGAAGCCGCUGUGGAAGCCGCAGUGGAACCCCAGAUCCCUUGGGGUGGAGUCUGGCGCCGCCGCCAAGACUACCCUCCCCGCUGCCAAUGACGGCCACCGCCUGUUCCUCUGACGGCACGUUUGCCACCAACCCGAGUAAUUCACUGAGUUCUUAG